CCACAAGCUUUCAAUCCCGGACUUCUUAAAUGCUCUCGAUGGUUGUCCAAAUUACUGUCAACAGUCACGACUACACGAACGACUAUUGGGACGGACUUGUAACUCGCAGGGCUGCUGCUGCCAGACAGUCGUUCCGGAUGUCCAAGUACAAAGUCUUUGUGAUGAGGCAUGGAGAAGGAGCCUGGACCAAAGAGAACCGCUUCUGCAGCUGGGUGGACCAGAGGCUGAGUGAGGACGGGGUCAAGGAGGCUUUGGCGUGCGGUCACCUCCUGAAGGAAGCAGGCUACCACCUGGAUGUAGUAUUUACCUCCCUGCUCGGCCGAUCCAUCCACACAGCCUGGCUGUUGUUGGAAGCCAUGGGGCAGGAGUGGGUCCCCGUGGUCAGGACGUGGAGACUCAACGAGCGCCAUUAUGGUGCCCUGAUUGGGCUGAAUAGAGCUGAGAUGGCCCUAAACCAUGGUGAGGAGCAGGUGAAACAGUGGCGGAGGAGCUAUGACCUCACGCCCCCCCCUAUCGACGAAUCACACCCGUACUUCCUGGAGAUCUACAAUGACCGCCGGUAUUCUACCUGUGACGUGUCUAAAGAGGAUCUUCCGAAGUCGGAGAGCCUGAAGGAUGUCUUGGAGAGGCUCCAGCCAUACUGGGACGGCACUAUUGUGCCGGAGAUCAAACAGGGGAAAUUGGUGCUCAUCUCUGGGCAUGGGAAUAGCUGCAGGGCCCUGCUGAAACACCUGGAAGGUAUUUCAGAUGCUGAUAUCGUCAAUGUGACAUUACCCACUGGGACACCCAUUCUGAUUGAGCUGGAUGAGAACUUCCGGCCCACCAAACCCAUGCAGCUCCUGGGAGACCAGAAAGCCAUCCAGGCAGCCAUCAGGAAGGUGGAGGACCAGGGUAAGGUCAAACAAACGGCCUGAACAUAGUCAACAGGAUUCUAGACAUUCUGGAUUGUAGAAUAUAGUCAACAGGAUUCUAGUCAUUUUAGAUGAUCAAUUCUUUAAGCUAGCCAAAUUGACUAGAAUCUGUUUGGCUAGAUUAGAGACCCGAGAAUCUAGAAUGACUAGACUCUUUCUGGAUUGUAGAAUCUAAUCAACUGGAUUAUAGUCAUUCUAGAUCCUGGAUUGUAGAAUUUAGUCAACUGGGUUCUAGUCAUUCUGAAUUGUAGUCAACUGACUGCAUCAUUGUGGUAUGGACUGGACCCUAUUUGGUACAACGUGGAAACAAGAAAGUUUGUCUUCCUGUUAAGUGCUGUGCUUACUAGAUAUAACUUCUGUUUGCCAAGAUAUAACCCUCAAAGUUAUCAUUAACAAGAUAAUAGGCUGACCCUUGUAUUGAGGUUCUUUGGAAUUGAGGAAAUAUGAAGAUGUGUCCCCAACAAAACAAUUUUAUGAAAGAUCUGUCGCACGUGCCUUCAUUGCCAAUAUUUUCUGUAGGACUUUUGCAAUGCCAAUGUAGCUAGUUUUUACAGGGGAAUUAUGACUGACAGAAUCAAGCAGGUGAUGAGCCAGCACUAACAAGUACAGGUUAAUUUAUUUCUCAGAACUCUUUAAAAGCACCUUUUAUAACAAGUAUUACCUCAGUGGGACUGACAGCCUGGCUAUUCUUUCCAAGACCGAGCGGUGAUUGUGUGAAGCUUUUUUAGUAUAGAAUUGCUGUAAAUGUUGUUGAAACCAAUGGGUCAAACUUGAUAAGAACGUGUCUUCCAGUGGAGGCUGCUGAGGGGAGGACGGCUCAUAAUAAUGGCUGGAUCGGAGCUAAUGGGAUGGCAUCAAACA